GUUUAAACACUUUAUAAAUAAAGUUGAUUUGAUUGAUUUUUACUGAAAAAUUAUAGUUGGAGAUAUUUUAAAAAGAAACAGUCUAUUUUUACAUAAUUUGUAAUCAGUUUGUAUAAAAUUCGAGGAUCAAAUGUUCCUCAUUCCAGCAUAAGAAAGCAGCAUCUGCUACAAGGUUAGAAUUUUAAGGCCAAAUUAAAAACUUUAAAAUCCAGUAAAGUUUUUGACAGAUCUUUCCAAAUAUCCUAAAUUCUCAAUUUGUCUUUUAACUCCAAAUGAACCGGACCGUCCCAGACCAAACGAGCCCUCCCUCCAAUGAUGACACGCGCGCCUCCUCGCCUCCCACGUUCCAAAAUUGUCCAAAUACUUUCUGUCUGCAGCUCCUCUCUCACUGGCACCGCUGCAAUGGAGAGGUUCGGCUGCGCGCUCGUUCUCCUUCAUGUCCUGCUGGGUUCGGGGAGCGCUCAGCAUCCUCCGGGCGCGCGCCUCGGACCGUGGAGGCAUCGGAUUCGGUGGGAGAACAACGGUCGGGUGUUCAGCCUGCUGAGCACCGGGACUCAGUACCACGCGCCCUCGCAGAGCCGGAGGCGCACGCAGCUUCUGCUGACGACGCAACAGCAGGAGACACCUGCAGCUCCGAGCAGACCCACCAGAACCGGACCUGUGGAGCAAAGCAGCCAAACGGACGGCUCGGUUCUUGACACUGAUGUGGGUCAGUAUCUCCUCGCUUCCGUGCGAACUGGCACGCGCAGACACCAUCCAGAGUUGGCUCCUUCCUUUACUGACAUAUCGGAGUUCUCCGGCAGCGGAGUCGCGCGGGGAGGCCGGAGCACACCCGGAGGGGAAGCCGGUGCGCAACGUGCCAAUGUGGCGCAGGACAGAGCGCGGGACUCGGAGCGCAACCGAGUCAAUGGACUCGAGCACGAGAGUUCAAACUCAUCAACCAUCCCGGCGUGGAGCAACCAGGACGCACUCCCUCAUCAGACCAAUUCAGGAGACGCUCCAAGAGCGCAGAGCGCGCGCGCGCUGAACAGAGUCACUCCACAGCCCAGCGGGUCUCCUCCAGAACCGUCCAGCGCCAACAAUGUCCAGAUUCCUCCCAGAGCCGCGGACACGACGGAUGCGAGCGACCCGCACAGCAUCCACCACAGGAACUCGGUUUUCUACAACGUUUACGCACCAGACCGCAGGAACGGGCUGGACACGCGCCCUCCAGGAACCGGCUACGGUACCAGGUUCUUCCACAACGGUCUUCCAGAUCUGAUCCCAGACCCUUACUACAUCCAAGCAGCUUCGUACAUACAGAGAGUGCAGAUGUAUGCGCUUCGCUGUGCAGCGGAGGAAAACUGUCUUUCCAGGUCUGCGUACCACCACAGCGUGAGCGACCUGGACUACAGAGUUCUGCUGCGGUUUCCUCAGCGUGUGAAGAACCAGGGAACUGCAGACUUCCUUCCACUGAAGCCCAGACAUGAGUGGGAAUGGCACAGCUGUCACCAGCAUUACCACAGCAUGGAGGCCUUCAGCAACUAUGACUUGCUGGAUGUUUUCACUGGACAGACGGUUGCUGAGGGACACAAAGCCAGUUUCUGUCUGGAGGACACGUCCUGUGACCCAGGAGUCCGGCGGCGGUUUGCGUGCACCGCUCACACUCAGGGGCUGGGUCCUGGUUGCUAUGAUACGUAUCACGCCAACAUCGACUGUCAGUGGAUCGACAUCACUGACGUGCCUCCUGGAAACUAUGUUCUGAAGGUGACGGUGAACCCGUCUCAACUGGUCCAGGAGUCGGAUUUUUCCAACAAUGAGGUGAGGUGUGACAUCACCUACACGGGCAGCCACGUCCAGGCGAGACACUGCAGGAUCGUUGUGAGCUGAGAGGAAGAGAAACGGCUUUUUAGCAGACACUGCUUCAUCGCUGGUCAGCUUUUAAUUCUCAGACUUUUCGUUUUUAUGAUCAAUUUGCAUCAAUUGAGUGGAAAUAAAUCAGUUUAUGAAGAUUAUAGAUAAUAAUUUUAUGUCAUAAAAUAAUUAAUCUUUUGUAUUUUUCAAUUAAAAAACAUGUCCCCUUUAAUUUAUUAGCAUUUGUUUUGAAUGUUGUUUUAAUGUGGAAUUAAAGUAUUUAUUAAAGCUUUUCUGAUGUCAAAAGUGGCUCAUUUUUUUACUAUUCAAUCAUGAAAGUUGCAGAAUAAAAUCUAU